CCUGCCCUCCUUCGCCUCCCCCCCUCAUUACAGCAUUGAACCCUCGACACCGAGCUAUCUUUUCGACCGACAGAACCGUGAUCGAAUGGGAUGUUAUCGGAGGUGACUCAAAAGGAAGGAUCUCAGCAUUUGUUGUUACACAGCUUACACAGCUUCUUAAAUGGGGAACUCUCAAGGGAAACAGGUGGUCCCCACCGAUGAGUUGAACUUGAACCAGUUCCGCCUGCUACGGGUGGUAGGAAAAGGUGCUUUUGGAAAGGUCCGUAUUGUGGAGAAGAAAGACACGGGCUUGACGUUCGCAUUAAAAUACAUUCGGAAAGAAGAAGUGGUCCGGUCGGAAAGCGUACGAAACAUCAUCCGUGAACGGCGCAUGCUGGAACAUCUCAACCAUGCCUUCCUCUGUAACUUGAGAUACAGCUUCCAAGAUAUCGAAUACAUUUAUAUUGUGGUAGAUUUGAUGAAUGGCGGCGAUCUGCGAUUCCAUAUCUCAAGAAAGUGUUUCACCGAAGAAGCUGUACGAUUCUGGGCGGCGGAACUGGGCUGUGCUUUGCGGUACAUUCACUCGCAGGGUAUCAUCCAUCGUGACGUGAAGCCCGACAAUGUGCUCUUAGACUCGGAAGGACACGUGCAUUUGGCCGAUUUCAAUGUGGCCUCUGACUUCCGGCCCGGCAAGCCCCUCACGAGUAAAUCUGGCACGCUGGCCUAUUUGGCCCCCGAGGUUUACGAAGGAGGCGGGUACUACAGCGAAGUCGAUUGGUGGUCGCUUGGCGUGACCUUUUAUGAAUGUAUUUAUAACAAGCGUCCAUUCGAGGGCCGCAGCCAGGACGUGCUCAGCGAAAACAUCAAAAAGGCGCAACCGAAGUACUAUGUCACGAACCCAGCCGUAUCUGUCCCGUGUCUUCGAGCGUUAUCCGCUCUGAUGGAAAAGGACCGUUCGAAACGAAUUGGAGCCACCGGCUUUGAGACAUUUACGUCGCACAUGUUCUUUGCCGACAUCGAUUUCGAGGCCCUGGAAAGAAAGGAAAUCCCCCCCGUGUUUCGACCCUCCAGCGACAAGACCAAUUUUGAUGCCACGUACGAUUUGGAAGAAUUACUUUUGGAGGAGGCGCCGCUCGAGGCCAGGGCCCGCAGACAAAAACCGCGGGCGGAGUUGCGGGAAGACGCCACGGCGAAGGAGAUCCGGGAGGACGAGCUUCAUCGCCUCAUAGAGACGAUGUUUGAGCCCUUCGAUUAUACUCGGGUAUCCUACAAUGGAAGCGCUGCCGAAGCCAUUGCCAAUUCAUCAAACCCCGAAGAAUGUCUUCCCAUUCAAUCCGCAUCCGCCCACACACGGCAAGUUUCACAACCUGAUCUCUCGAGAAACUCACCGCCUCCACGGAACGAAGGAUCGGUCGGUCACUUGACCCAGCCCGACACCCCCUCCCCCCAGAGCGAGACCCCGACUUCUCAGCAAUCCCUGCCACCACCGGCCCCAGCUCCUUCGUUCAGCAGACCGCUACCACCACCCGCAGCUGGUCGUCCCCGGGGCGCAACACGGAAAGCUAGCAAAGGUGGCGGCGUGCAGAUGGUCUUAGAGGAAGCCGGAAGUUGGAGUGAGCUCGCGGAUCAUAGCUCUACUCUCCCGGCUGAAGGAUACGACACCGUCACCGGUAAAGGCAAAGGCUCAAACAGCGGCAUGCUUGCUUUUCUGAGCCGGAAAAAGGGACGCGAUAGGAGUCCCAAGCCCCAAGAACCUGGUGUUUUGGGCAAAGAAGGUGCAAGACAGAUCAUCAGUUGAGAUGGGUUUGUGGCGCCUCUACCAAGGGAGAGAAGAGAUACUUUCGGCUUGACUUGAGCAUCAUUGGACACGAGAGCUGAUGGUCGGCUUCAGC